AUGAUGAUGUGCGGAAGUGAAAAGGAGGUGGAGUCGGUGUUGUACUGGAACCCGGCGGUGAAUGAGGCAGCUGUGGUGGCUAAGCCGGACAAGUUCUAUGGGGUGACGCCUUGUGCUUUCGUGUGCUUGAAGAGUGCAGGGUUGGAUUGCAGUGUUCCUAGCGAGGAUAUAAUGGAGUUCUGUAAGGAAAGGUUGCCUCAUUUCUUAGCGCCAAAGACGGUGGUGUUCACGGAGGCGCUGCCCAAGACGUCCACCGUACAGAAGUUCGUGUUACGAGAAAUUGCCAUGUCUGUGGGUUGA